UAAGGCUCGAACGUUCACAGUCGUCGAGGAGAUUUAAGGGUGUGAGGUGGAGGCAAAAGAGUGCGCGCGGCAUAUAUUCACGAGUUUGCUUAAUAAACUCUCGUUAACUCAGCGAAUUGAAUAUUAGUUUUAUGUAGCUGGAAUGGUGGUUUGGCGAGCAGCUCACUGAAUUCUAUAUCUAGAGUUAGAGCUUGUAUAAAUUUACUACGUGGUUGAACAGGCUUUCGAGCGCACAACUUUUAUAUACACUGUUUUACUAUGAAGUGCGGGACGCCGCUGCUGCUGGCGACGCUGCUGGGGAGCCUGACGAAGGGCGGAGCAGAGCCUCGCCACCUCUGGGGCGACGCCCUUAGAGACUCCCUCGACUCCAUGGGUCCUGACGGAGUGCCUUAUCCCAGAAGCCUCAUCGACGCGAUGUACGAGGCCGGGGAGUUCGGGGGCUCGAGACUGGCGCUGGGUCGCGGCCGGGCGCUGUUCGGGCCAACGCUCGACCCGAGCGUGGUGAGCAACCUGUUGCUCCGGAGUCAGGACCUGGGCGGCAUCCUGCCCCAAGAUCUCCCCAUGGAGGGUCGCAGUUCCAACCGCGAGUCAAGGUCCUAUGUCCCCGGGCGGUCGGCAGCGCGCAACCUCAUCGCCGGCCACGUGGACGAAGAGAUCAGAAUAAUAGAAGAAGAUGCUACCACCAACGCCACGCAGAGACAAGCUGACGGGGGGUCACCCUUGCCAGGAGGCUGCGGCGUGGGGGUAACUCCCCCAGCGCAGCUCUGCCCCACCAAAUACAACACCACAGCACCCAUGUGGGGAAGGAGCCUAACAUCAGGAAAGAAGGUCACGAUCGUACAGAAGUUCCCCGAUCUCCUGCAACAAGUCAUAUUCCACGAGUGCAUUUCGGAAGAAUGCGACAUCAUCCACGGACGCUGUACGCAGACCUUCACUCCGUACCUCUUCCUGGUGAUCCCGCUCGGUCCCGUAACACUCACGGGGCAAGACUACGUCAUGGUGGAGAGUGGCUGCGCCUGUCAGCCCAAAUACUCCUCUGGCACGCCUUAUGCAACACCUCUGGAUGCCUUCAAUGGAUAAACAGCAUAACUUGGCACCAUGCGGCCACCUACAACUUCUGAGGCACAUGUCUCCGGCGACGCACUCGUCGUCCGGGAUGACUUGGAAUGUCAUAACUUAAACAACGUGUAUUAGAACGUGAUAUUCUGGGGCUAUUUUGCCUGUUCGUCCUUAAGGCUACGCCGGGAACAGUGUUGCUUUCUAUUAUACGCGAAUGUGGUGAAUUGCGCAACUGUCACAGUCAGUAUGUAUGGAUUUCGUUGAUUGUAACAUUCGGCCAUGCAUGUCUAAAAUUUAUUAGUCUGCCAUGUCUAAAAUUAGCACGUCCAAGUCCAACACGUCGUAUCCUUUUUUGUCGUUCAAAUAUAGUAUUUUUUUUUCGACCUGAACAACGUCGUUAUGGUCGACAGGUGGGAAAGUGCAGUGUCGAUUAAAUUCCAUUGUCGGCACCGAUUAUAGCCACUUUUCAAGCCUUUUGCGUUCUACUUACAACUGAACAAUUAAAACUUCUUGUCUUACUUAAAAAAUUUAAAAAUUUAUUUUUUAAUAUGAAGUUAAGCUUUUGUGGGCAGACGCGCUCAGAAAUACUCAUACAAAAAUAUCUUUAGGCUUAAAUAACAAGAAAUAGCAACGUUGUUUCGAAGAGCAGUAAACAAUUGUUGACAAUAUAUUCAUUUACGACAAAAUGAUCCUCAUUAGUCGCGCACUUCCGAUUCUCAGUAUUUUGUAUGGCUGCAUUUUUUAUGCAAACAAAGGAAAGAAUAUCAGGCGAUGAAAUUUUUUCACUCUCACAACUUGCAUGCAUUCCCCGCCGUUGUUGUACCGCAUGGAGAUAGUGCAUUUUGGAGUCCCCGCGUGGGCAUGGAGAUAGUGCAGAUGGAGUCCCCGCCGUUGUUAAGAAAAUCCCGUCACCGAUGUGCUUAGAAAUGAACGAGAUCUACGGUAUUGUUAUAUCAAUUAUUUUUACGGCAUUUGUCAUGAAUUAUCUCAUUUAUAUCGAUAAGUAUUUGCGAAAAAUUGUCGGUGAUGGUACCGUAAAUCAGAAGCUCGAAUUUGAUGACAAUUUAUCUGUUGUAGGGAGAGACAUUUUAAAUAAUAAUUGUAAUUUAAAUGAUGUACAUAAAGAAAGGCAUUGCUCGUUGUCAAGAUAUUUGCCGUCACGACUAUGACCUUAUUCACAUUCGUUAUCAUGCUGCUAGCAACUAGAUUUGUAAUAUACGUUAUUAAUGUUUAAUAUGAUUACAGCAUCGGUAAGAUUGGUUAUUGUGACCCUUAUCAGCUGAUCAUUUUAUCGCAGACAUCAAAGACUUGAAGUAGAGGUCGCAUAAUAUAUAAUUAUAGAGGUCACAAACAAAUUAUGUGACACAAACAAAAUCGAGGUCACAAACAUAAUAAUGUAUAAUUAUAAUAUAUAAUUAUCGACGACCUACCACUGGGCAUCAAUGAGCUGUCUAAGAUUUAAUUUCAUAAUAAAUACCUCAUGCUUCUUGUAUUCUGAGUUCUGAGUAGAAUUUUCUUUUAUUAUUUUUAAUACUAUGGCCGGAUACUGAUAUACGAUUACUGCUAGUUCAGUUUAUGAGCAUAGCUGUACAUAUUACAGCUCUGACUAAUAACAUAUUUUGCUAUUUCAGACGAUAAUAUUGGGUUUUGCUCCCAAUUUCUUUGUGUUCAUUUGCCACAAUUUUCGGAGACUAAUACGUAAUCAUAUUCAUCGUAGCCAAACCGAACUCAUUCUUAUAUAUUACGAUAAUCUAUUUUAUUGUUAUUAAUAUUUGUCUGAACAAUUUUAUUCGAACUAGGAUCGUAUUACGUUCGGAGCAAACUCUUCCUGAAAAAUAUGUCAUUUGAAUUUCGUAAAUCAAUAAGUUUCAGUCUGUGCUUAAGGUAUACAAAAUUCAAUUCAAAACUUGCAUUUCCUGUGUACAGUUGAACAGAUAUCUACAACUGAUGCAUGAUCAUUUCAGCAAUAAAAUUUUCAAUUAAAGGGAACCUCGUGUUAGUAUUUUCAGUGGGAUGUGAAUAUAAAUGCCAUUAGUUUUGUGUUUACCUAUCCUCUGCAUGAAUGUCCAUUCAACGAAAUUCAUGCCAUGUUCAACUCCAGUAAAUGACAUGCAUGUUCUUCGUUCAUAAUUGGUUUUGAAAUCGAUACGAUGUCACUUAUUGAAUGUAUUUUACGCUUACAUCUUUUCCGUGCAAUAUUUUCGAGCCCUUAUGUUGAGCUCUCGCUUCAAAACAAUGACGAAAUGAGGGUUCUAAAUUCGGUUGCGCAGCUCGUGUAAACGUUCACUAGUGAAUGUGAAUUGGUUCGUUAUUUGAUGGUGAACAUUUUUUAUUGGUGAAUUUGUCAGUAUUUUAUAUGUUGUGAAUCACGACGCAACGUGUGCAUCGCUGCAUUUAUUGUAAAGGCCACAAAAAUUGUGUAUUAUUAUUUCACAAAUGUUUUCAACAAUUGUUAGCGUUAAUAGAUAAUGUUUAUACAAAAAUACAUUUUUCUUUAUUGCAUUACUUUCAUGUCCGACUGAGGAGAAUUUCUCAUUUGCUUGAAAUAUUUCCUGCAGCAAUUACAUUGCCUUAUUAUCGCGCGUUGUACAUAAUUUAAGUAUUAGUUCAGUGCCAGCAUGUGUUUCGUAUUGACUAGAGUUAUAACUUUGUACGCUAACUUGUUUUUAAAUACAUAAAAUCUAAUAA